UGUGAGCAAAAUACCUUGGUGGAAAACAAAAGUAGCUUUCAAUGUGUACCUCUGACUGUGUACCAUCUACAGACAAAUAUCUCAUGAACUUACUAGGUCAGCGCCAUUUUCCCAGCAAUGCUGGGGUGGCCCAAUUCCUUUAGCAGGGGCACCUCUUGACUUGUAUAUGCAGAUGCUUGCUUGCAAUUCAAAGACAAAAAAAGAAAGUAAGAAAAACCAAGUAACUCCAAGCAGUUCGAGGCCGCAAGCAACGUAAUCCCUUGAAGCACAAUCAGAAUUUUCUCGCCCCAGUACUUUGAGUUAAAGUGAGCUCAGUUAACAAAGUUUCCAGGUCGAAAGAAACAGUCGCUCCCGUCCCUGUUAGACCUAUUACACUAAAAGUAAGAGACCAAGAAACAAAAACCAAUUAUCUGACGAAGACCGAGAAGCUUUAUUUGCCAAGCUGCCUUUUCUUUGGGUUUCCACUCCCAAGAAACAUUGUUCGUUGGAAUUGUGACUGAUGCUUCAAAAGUUCGUCACUUUCUUAAUCCCCGAGAUCAGUCUGAAUCACCUGCUGCUUAGUUCAUCAACAGUUUAUUCCAACAAGCUCCAAACUUUUUCAAAAGCAACGACCAUAGCAUGCAAAACUUGAGUGUUUUGCGUCGUUUGGCAACAGUAUAAUUCCUCUAUUACCUUUAAAAACUCAUAUAUCAGGUGUUUACUGAAGAUUGUGUAAAAUAUGUCUGUAUUUGAUUUUUCUUUUAUCACAUAGGUAACCAUACAGCUAACCAAAUACAGUAUAAUAUACAAGUGGAUGUUCAGGUGUAAACUGAAUUUAAGAAGAUCCCUUUUUUCCAAAAUCUCUAUCGACAUUAUCAUACAAAGCACAGUAUUAAGUAUUGCUUUAGUGGAGUGAUAAUAGUUGCCCUUCUGUGAAUGUUUAAAAGUGCCCCCCUGAAUCGCCUAAGAUACUCUUCCUUUUGUUGGUCUGUGGUACACCACCCUGGCCACCCACCAGACUCCUGUUUGAGUUUCAGCCAAGUAUUGACAUAAUUGGCAAAAAGUCCCCGUUUUUGCUGAGUAUUCAUCAAAUUUGUAUUAUUUCAUUAAUCCUUUCACUCCCAGAAGUGGCCAACCAUGACUGACAUUUCAGGAGAUGAUUUUUAUACCGCUUUCCAAAACUGCUAGGGGAGAGCCGUUUCAGGUUACUGUUGCCAAGGACUAUGUCUUUGUUUAGAAUAACCAGCGUAUUUCGAUAGUCAAGCACAGAUUAUAAUUAACCCCAAUGAUUUUUUACCAAGCCUGGGAUUAUCCCAGCAGCAAUUAUUGAAUGGUAUUGGUGUCUGGCUGGAUGAGUGUUUUUGCUGGUGCCAUGUCUGUCUUUUGAAUCCACAAGAAAGAAAUCCUCAGCAGAUCAAAAAAUCAGAUAGACAGAUGGUACAAAAGUUAAAUUACCAAGGUAUUGAGUUCUCUGUUGCUACCAAACAUUAUGAUAAAAUAGACGAGCAAAACAGCAUCAAUAUCAACGUUUUCGGCUAUGGGAACAAGCAAUUUUACCCUAUGUAUGUGUCCAAACAGCAUAAUAAGGUUGUUUUGAACCUGCUGUUGAUUACAGAGGGGGAGAAGCAACAUUAUGUGCUGGUUAAGGAUUUUGAUAGAAUGAUGUAUAAUAAGACUAAGUAUCAGUACAGAAAGUAUUUCUGCAUACAUUGUCUCCAAUUUUUCAGCACAUAAAGAGAUAGUUAACGAGCAUAUGACCAAUUGUAUGGUAAUAAAUGGUGAGCAGGCUAUUAGGAUGCCAGAGAAGGACAAAAAUACACUCCACUUCCAAAACCACCGUAGUCAGAUGGCGGCACCAUUUGUUAUAUAGGCAGAUUUUGAGGCUGUUACUGAGAAGGUACAAGGAUGCCAACCUAAUAGCACUAACUCUCACACAAACAAAUAUCAAAAGCACACGGGAUGCAGCUAUGGUUACAAAGUAGUGUGCUGUUAUGAUGAUACAAAUAGUAAGCCAGUACUCGUAAUUCAUGCUCGCAGCGAUGCCAAUUAUUUCAAGGACAUCUACACUGGCUACAGAAACAUCGCAGACUACAAUUUUAGGUUAAACAAUUUGGAAAAAGUUAUAUAUAAAAUUAAAGGAUACUACUGGGUAAGGUCCCAUACCGCCGUGCAGUACUACUAACUUGAAGGAGAGAAUAAGCGUCCUAACAACAAUGAGCGACGAGCGGUUACUCGAGUAUGAGGAGUGUAAGAGAGAACUGGGCAAGUAACUAUUUUGAUGCUCAAUUGCCUGUCUUGAUUGGAAAGGGCCCAGUUAAGUUGUCUUGGCUAAAACUAAACAAAGACAGCCAUGCAACUGCCCUGGACAAACAAACCUAGAAGGCUGCUUGCCCAAAGGACAAUCUGGAUCGAGUUUAAAGUUUUUUAAGCCGAGAGUGCAUUAGUGUGCAUUUUUUAGCACUCCAAUUCAAAUUAAUAGAGAUGUAUAAAGGAAACAGGUCCGAUGCUUCCUAUUUAAUAUUGUUACAAAUCAGUCGUCUAUAUGUACUAUACAUGCACCUGGCUUGAAGAGACAAGAUUUUGUUCACAACCUGCAUGAUCUUGUACAUUUUAAUAAUAAUCCGCAGGGUGUUUUGGAAUUUCCAUCGGGUCUACCAUUACUGAGGCAACUGGGUUUAUUUGUAGGUGUAAUUAUUAUAUCAAUUUUAAUAUACCAGUAGUCCAGUAUAAUCACACAAUGAAACAUGUAUUAACCAUACACCUACAUUGUAUUAUAGAAGGGACCCUGGUCAGUGUCAACACUAUGUAGUAAUAAACGUCUGUAUUUGUACACUGCAUGUUUACAGUACUAAUUGCCCCAUUUUAGUGUUGCGGCUGAAGCUGCAGAAGAACUAAUCAAAGUGCUGUGGCUGAAGCUUGGUUACGCAGUGCAAGUUAGUAUUUAAUAAUAAUGGUAUUCAUCAAAUUUGUAUUAUUUCAUUAAUCCUUUCACUCCCAGAAGUGGCCAACCAUGACUGACAUUUCAGGAGAUGAUUUUUAUACCGCUUUCUAAAACUGCUAGUAGAGAGCCGUUUCAGGUUACUGUUGCCAAGGACUAUGUCUUUGUUUAGAAUAACCAGCGUAUUUCGAUAGUCAGGCACAGAUUAUAAUUAACCCCAAUGAUUUUUUACCAAGCCUGGGAUUAUCCCAGCAGCAAUUAUUGAAUGGUAUUGGUGUCUGGCUGGAUGAGUGUUUUUGCUGGUGCCAUGUCUGUCUUUUGAAUCCACAAGAAAGAAAUCCUCAGCAGAUCAAAAAAUCAGAUAGACAGAUGGUACAAAAGUUAAAUUACCAAGGUAUUGAGUUCUCUGUUGCUACCAAACAUUAUGAUAAAAUAGACGAGCAAAACAGCAUCAAUAUCAACGUUUUCGGCUAUGGGAACAAGCAAUUUUACCCUAUGUAUGUGUCCAAACAGCAUAAUAAGGUUGUUUUGAACCUGCUGUUGAUUACAGAGGGGGAGAAGCAACAUUAUGUGCUGGUUAAGGAUUUUGAUAGAAUGAUGUAUAAUAAGACUAAGUAUCAGUACAGAAAGUAUUUCUGCAUACAUUGUCUCCAAUUUUUCAGCACAUAAAGAGAUAGUUAACGAGCAUAUGACCAAUUGUAUGGUAAUAAAUGGUGAGCAGGCUAUUAGGAUGCCAGAGAAGGAAAAAAAUACACUCCACUUCCAAAACCACCGUAGUCAGAUGGCGGCACCAUUUGUUAUAUAGGCAGAUUUUGAGGCUGUUACUGAGAAGGUACAAGGAUUCCAACCUAAUAGCACUAACUCUUACACAACAAAUAUCAUAAAUCACACAGGAUGCAGCUAUGGUUACAAAGUAGUGUGCUGUUAUGAUGAUACAAAUAGUAAGCCAGUACUCGUAAUUCAUGCUCGCAGCGAUGCCAAUUAUUUCAAGGACAUCUACACUGGCUACAGAAACAUCGCAGACUACAAUUUUAGGUUAAACAAUUUGGAAAAAGUUAUAUAUAAAAUUAAAGGAUACUACUGGGUAAGGUCCCAUACCGCCGUGCAGUACUACUAACUUGAAGGAGAGAAUAACCGUCCUAACAACAAUGAGCGACGAGCGGUUACUCGAGUAUGAGGAGUGUAAGAGAGAACUGGGCAAGUAACUAUUUUGAUGCUCAAUUGCCUGUCUUGAUUGGAAAGGGCCCAGUUAAGUUGUUGUUAGAUUCCGUGUUCCAACAUCCUGACCAAUAUAACCACAUGCUUACCACAAAGCUUAUCGUAGUUGAACAUAUCCAUUAGUAGAAAACCGCGACAGGAAAUGCCACAACAUUAUAUGCUUGAUAUUAUGCCAAGUAUGUAAUCUGUAAUUAGAGCCGCUUAUGAAUGUUUGUAUAAAUGUGAGUGAAAUAGCAAAUAAAAAUCAGUUGUUACUCCUACUUGUGUGAUGCGUAUGUUCUAGUUAUAACAUGACGACAUCAGUAAACCUAACAGGUUAUGGGCCCAGGAGGACGCUCAUAUUUGACGGGGACGAAAGCAGGUACGAGCUAUGGGAAGUAAAGUUCCUAGGAUACAUGCGCCUUCAGAAACUCCACGAUGUAGUUAUACCAGCUGCAGAUGAAAAGGAAGAACCCAGCGAGGAAAAGAAAGCUAGUGCGUUUGCAGAAAUGGUCCAGUGUUUGGAUGACAGAAGCUUGUCCCUGGUUAUCAGAGAGGCCAAAAAUGACGGGAGGAAAGCGCUCAGAGUCUUAAGGGAGCACUACCAAGGCAAAGGAAAACCCCGCAUCAUUGCCCUCUACACAGAGUUGACUUCACUUCAAAUGGGUGAAACAGAAACGACCACAGACUACAUCAUCAGGGCGGAGACCGCAGCAACUUCGCUUAAAGCUGCUGGCGAAGUAAUCAGCGACGGUCUGUUGGUCGCGAUGACCCUAAAAGGCCUGCCUAAAAGUUACAAGACUUUCGGCACGAUUGUCAUGCAGAAGGACACUCCCAUGACAUUUGCAGAAUUUAAGGUCUCGCUCCGAAACCAUGAGGAGAACGAGAAAUGUUGCCAUAAAGACGAUGAUGGAAACGGAGAUGGCGUAAUGUCGGCCGCGAAUGGUUCAAGCAAGCCAAAGUUCCAAGGAAAGUGCUUCAAAUGUGGACGAAAGGGACACAGAAGCGUGGACUGCUACUCGAACAAAGUCGCCGACAAGUGGUGCCAGCGUUGCAAGAACAAUUCCCACAACACCAAAGAUUGCCGCAAAGGGAACCCUGAUGCAGCAAAGUCCGCAAUAGGACAAGAACAAAAACUUAAAAGAGACAACAAUAGUCAUAGUUUUCUAUUUACUGUUAAGGAUCAGGAAGGUAGAGGUGAGCCUACUCCAAAUCAAUUACUUUUAGAUACCGGCGCUACAAGCCAUAUUAUCAAUGACAAGUCUAAGUUCGUAGAUUUUGAUAAGAAAUUCGACCCUAGUACACAUUUUAUUGAGUUAGCCGAUGGAAGUAGGGCUAAUGUGGUUUUAGGAAGGGGAAACGCCCAAGUUAAGCUUUAUGAUGUAAACGGUAAUGUACAGGAUGUGGUGUUAAACAACGCCCUUUAUAUCCCGUCCUAUACCCAAAAUAUUUUUUCUGUUCCCGCAGCCAUAGAUAGGGGGGCCAGCAUAACUUUAGAUAAGGAUGCCAAAAAUUUGAGAGCACCAAAUGGUACAAUGUUUAGUAUCAAACAACAAGGGCGUUUAUUUUAUCUGAACAACAUUUCAACCCAAAAUAACGCCACCACACUAAUGGAGUGGCACAAAAUCAUGGGACACUGCAAUUUUAACGAUCUUCGAAAACUUCAAAACGUAGUUGAAGGAAUGAAAAUUGUCGAUGAUCGACAGUGCGAGUGCACUAUCUGCACGCAAGGCAAAAUGUGCCAAUUUCGGAAUCGAAAACCGGACGAGAAAGCAAAAGAGCCUUUAGAAUUCGUUCAUUGCGAUUUAGCUGGCCCAAUCAGUCCCGCAGCAAAAGACGGCUUCAAGUAUGCGUUAUCUUUUAUAGAUGAUUACACAGGAAUCAACAAGGUGUAUUUUCUCAAACAGAAAAGCGACACCGUAGAAGCGACGCAAAAGUUUUUGGCCGACACCACUCCUUUCGGUAAAAUCAAGCGCAUUCGGAGCGACAACGGAACGGAAUUCACAAGCAAACAUUUUCGAUCUUUGUUGCGCGAAAAUAAGAUAAAACACGAAAUGAGCGCGCCGUAUUCCCCGCACCAAAAUGGGACGGUGGAGAGAGGAUGGAGAAGUCUAUUUGACAUGGCGCGCUGCUUAUUGCUCGAGGCAAAUUUACCAAAAACACUAUGGACCUACGCAGUGAUGGCAUCUGCAUAUAUCCGGAAUCGAUGUUUUAACUCAAGGUUGGCAAUGACACCAUUCGAGGCGCUAACCGGAAAGCGACCAAACCUAGGCAAUAUGCACGUUUUCGGAUCCACAUGUUAUGCUUAUGUGCAAAACGCGAAGAAAUUAGAUGCGCGAAGCAAAAGGGGUAUCUUCGUGGGUUAUGACAGGGAAAGCCCAGCGUAUCUAGUUUAUUACCCUAACGCGAACAAGGUCGAAAGGGUAAGAUGUGUGAAAUUUCACGGGCAGAGUAUUUCCUAUACAGAGAUUGAAGAAGGGGAAGCAUUUGUACCUGUCCUAGAACAAAGGGUCGAGGAUAACACUGAACAGAACACAGAACAGGCUGACCAACCAAACGAGGAGGGGAGCGUUACUGCGACUAACGACAAUGAGCCUGUGACGAACGGGAGGUACCCAACUAGAACCCAUAACAAACCCAAACACCUCGAAGAGUAUGCUUUAGAGGACGAUAUGAAAGACAAUGUUUAUUACACAGUAGACUACUGUUACAGGGUCGUAAACAUACCGACAACGUAUGACGAGGCUGUCGACUCGCCUGAGGCGAAUAAGUGGCAAAAGGCCAUGGACGACGAAAAUGACAGCUUUGAACGACAAUGACACGUACGACCUAGUAACACCACCGGAGGGUAGGAAAAUAGUGGGGGAAAAUGGGUCUAUGCCGUAAAAACGGACCAAAUGGGGAAGAAACUCAUAAAGCGCGUUACGUCGCUAAGGGCUAUUCCCAAGUUGCAGAAAUAGACUAUCAGGAAACAUUUGCGCCUCACGGCCCGCAUGAGUUCAGUUCGGAUGUUGAUGCAACGUGCAGUCCAAAAUAACAUGAUCACUCAUCAAAUGGAUGUAAAACUGCCUACCUUAAUGCGCCAAUAGAUUGCGAUAUUUACAUGGAGCAGCCAAAAGGCUUCGAAAAGGGAGGCACAAAUGGCGAAAAAUUAGUGUGUAAAUUGAAGAAAUCACUUUAUGGUCUCAAACAAAGUGGGAGAAACUGGAACAAUAUGUUGCAUAGCUUCUUGUGCAACGAAAAUUUUUCUCAGUCACGUGCUGACCCAUGUGUGUACGUGAGAAAUUCAGAGACCGAAGGAUGCGUUAUUCUGAUUAUUUGGGUCGACGAUAUCAUUAUAUCGGCGACUUAUGCCAAAUUGCUCGAGAGCGUAAAAGAGUCUCUCUGCCAGAAAUUCAAAAUGAAAGAUCUGGGUGAACUUUCAUGGUUCUUGGGAACCCAAUUCAAGUGCAGCAAGACAUCUAUUGAAAUGAGCCAAAGCCAAUACAUUGACAAAGUUCUAUCCAAAUUUCAAAUGAGCGAUUGUAAGCCAAAACCAACGCCAUGUGCUCUUGGGAUAGAAAAAGAAUGUGAUGUAAAGCCAAAAGAAUUAAGUGACCCCAGAUUGUAUCGAGCCAUUGUUGGGAGCUUAAUCUAUGUAAUGACAGGCACGAGACCGGAUUUGUGCUACGUCGUGACUAAACUUUCACAGAACAUGGCCAAGCCCUCAGAGUCAGAUCUCAUUUUGGCCAAGCAUGUUCUUAGGUAUCUAAAAGGCACAAGGGAACAAUGUCUUAAGUUUGAAAAAUCAGAGUCACCAUUAAAAUUAAUAGGAUUUUGUGACUCUGACUGGGGAGCAUCUGUAAAAAGACAGACGCAGUAUUACUGGGUAUAAUUUUCAGCUAUUAGAGAGAGGUCCUUUAAUUUCAUGGAAGAGUCGUAAACAACCCACUGUAGCUUUAUCUACUUGUGAAGCGGAAUACAUUUCGCUAGCUAGUGCUGUACAAGAAUCAAAGUUCUUGAGACAAAUCUGUAAAGAUAUGAACAUUGUGAUAGAUGAUGUUGUAAUCCACGUAGAUAAUCAGGGGGCGAUUAACCUAGCUAAAAACCCAGUUAAUCAUCAGAGGUCAAAGCACAUUGACAUAAAAUAUCACUUUAUAAGAUCGGAAAUACAAGCAGGAAAUGUAAAGUUAGAAUAUGUGCCUACAGAAGAUAAUGUAGCUGACAUUUUUACAAAGCCAGCAACCAAAGUUAAACUAGAAAAGUUUAAGUCUUUUAUCAUGGGAAAUUAGUUUUGUAUAUAUAUAUAUACAUAUAUUAAGUUCGUCAAAGAUGAUUGGAGCAAGUGGGGGUGUUAGAUUCCGUGUUCCAACAUCCUGACCAAUAUAACCACAUGCUUACCACAAAGCUUAUCGUAGUUGAACAUAUCCAUUAGUAGAAAACCGCGACAGGAAAUGCCACAACAUUAUAUGCUUGAUAUUAUGCCAAGUAUGUAAUCUGUAAUUAGAGCCGCUUAUGAAUGUUUGUAUAAAUGUGAGUGAAAUAGCAAAUAAAAAUCAGUUGUUACUCCUACUUGUGUGAUGCGUAUGUUCUAGUUAUAACAUGACGACAUCAGUAAACCUAACAGUUGUCUUGGCUAAAACUAAACAAAGACAGCCAUGCAACUGCCCUGGACAAACAAACCUAGAAGGCUGCUUGCCCAAAGGACAAUCUGGAUCGAGUUUAAAGUUUUUUAAGCCGAGAGUGCAUUAGUGUGCAUUUUUUAGCACUCCAAUUCAAAUUAAUAGAGAUGUAUAAAGGAAACAGGUCCGAUGCUUCCUAUUUAAUAUUGUUACAAAUCAGUCGUCUAUAUGUACUAUACAUGCACCUGGCUUGAAGAGACAAGAUUUUGUUCACAACCUGCAUGAUCUUGUACAUUUUAAUAAUAAUCCGCAGGGUGAUUUGGAAUUUCCAUCGGGUCUACCAUUACUGAGGCAAUUGGGUUUAUUUGUAGGUGUAAUUAUUAUAUCAAUUUUAAUAUACCAGUAGUCCAGUAUAAUCACACAAUGAAACAUGUAUUAACCAUACACCUACAUUGUAUUAUAGAAGGGACCCUGGUCAGUGUCAACACUAUGUAGUAAUAAACGUCUGUAUUUGUACACUGCAUGUUUACAGUACUAAUUGCCCCAUUUUAGUGUUGCGGCUGAAGCUGCAGAAGAACUAAUCAAAGUGCUGUGGCUGAAGCUUGGUUACGCAGUGCAAGUUAGUAUUUAAUAAUAAUAAUGGUAUUCAUCAAAUUUGUAUUAUUUCAUUAAUCCUUUCACUCCCAGAAGUGGCCAACCAUGACUGACAUUUCAGGAGAUGAUUUUUAUACCGCUUUCUAAAACUGCUAGGGGAGAGCCGUUUCAGGUUACUGUUGCCAAGGACUAUGUCUUUGUUUAGAAUAACCAGCGUAUUUCGAUAGUCAGGCACAGAUUAUAAUUAACCCCAAUGAUUUUUUACCAAGCCUGGGAUUAUCCCAGCAGCAAUUAUUGAAUGGUAUUGGUGUCUGGCUGGAUGAGUGUUUUUGCUGGUGCCAUGUCUGUCUUUUGAAUCCACAAGAAAGAAAUCCUCAGCAGAUCAAAAAAUCAGAUAGACAGAUGGUACAAAAGUUAAAUUACCAAGGUAUUGAGUUCUCUGUUGCUACCAAACAUUAUGAUAAAAUAGACGAGCAAAACAGCAUCAAUAUCAACGUUUUCGGCUAUGGGAACAAGCAAUUUUACCCUAUGUAUGUGUCCAAUCAGCAUAAUAAGGUUGUUUUGAACCUGCUGUUGAUUACAGAGGGGGAGAAGCAACAUUAUGUGCUGGUUAAGGAUUUUGAUAGAAUGAUGUAUAAUAAGACUAAGUAUCAGUACAGAAAGUAUUUCUGCAUACAUUGUCUCCAAUUUUUCAGCACAUAAAGAGAUAGUUAACGAGCAUAUGACCAAUUGUAUGGUAAUAAAUGGUGAGCAGGCUAUUAGGAUGCCAGAGAAGGACAAAAAUACACUCCACUUCCAAAACCACCGUAGUCAGAUGGCGGCACCAUUUGUUAUAUAGGCAGAUUUUGAGGCUGUUACUGAGAAGGUACAAGGAUGCCAACCUAAUAGCACUAAAUCUUACACAAACAAAUAUCAAAAGCACACGGGAUGCAGCUAUGGUUACAAAGUAGUGUGCUGUUAUGAUGAUACAUAUAGUAAGCCAGUACAAAGUUAAUUUACAGGGGAGAAGAUUCCAUUAAAAAGUUCAUGCAGGAGAUGCUGAAGGAGGUAGAAUAUUGCAGGAAGACUAUUAGCACCAAAUUUAAGAAGCCCAUACAAAUGACUGAUGAGAAGGAAAUUUUAUUAAGACAAGUAGAACAGUGCCACAUUUGUGGCCAGAAGUAUAAGGAAAUGGAGAAAGAAAUUAGAGUCAGGGAUCAUUGCCACAUUACUGGCUGUACCGCAGAAGUGCUGACCAGGACUGUACUCUGAAGUUGCGGGUUAAUCCAAAAAAGUCUAAGCUGCCUGUUAUUUUCCAUAAUCUCUGUGGGUACGAUUCCCAUUUUAUUAUGCAAGAAAUUGGGACCAUAGGAAAAGAACAUGAUCUGGAAAUAAACUCUAUUCCAAAUAAUAUGGAAAAAUACAUGGCCUUCAUGUUAGGUAAACAUCUGGUAUUUAUGGACAGUUUCCAUUUUACAGCCGACAGUUUGGAGCAGCUUGCAGAUAAUCUACCUGCAAACAAAUUCAAAUAUACCAGCCAAGUAUUCCAAGAUGAGGAACUAGCAUUAAUGAAAAAGAAAGGAGUAUAUCCUCAUGACUACAUGGAUAGUUUCCAGAUGUUUGGUGACCACCAGUUGCCUCCUAAGGAUAGUUUCUCAAAGUUUAAAAUAAUAUGUGAUAACAGGCAACACUUCGUGAAUAUAAUAAUUAAGCAUAUGAUGAGUAUACCAGAGCAAUAUGAAAUGAUGGAGAAAAUUCAAAUGAUCACUUCUGGUGAAGAGGCAGUAGUUAAAUUCCCAACAUCAGAGGAAUUAAUAGAUUAUACCACAAAGUAACUAAAAACCAGCUACUUAUUGGCUCAACUAACUUGAGAAAACUUUUAAAAGUGCCCUGGUUUCUAUAGUUCCUCUUUAAUCUUACUACUACAGAAAAGUUAGAUUGAAGGAACGUUUGUUUUCUUCUUUUCAGACCACUGGUAGCCUUUAAAGAAAAUGUCUUUUCUUUUAAAGAAAAACACUAAAGAAAGAGAUGACUGAGAACUACCUAGAUUUGCUAAACCAAAAAACAUUGUCCAUUAGUAGCGUUCGUAAAAAUAGAGAGUGUCUAAGAGUUGGGAUCGCAGAGUUAUAAGAAGACGACUCAAAAGAUCAAUAGAUCACACCGCUAUUUAGACACUAGCCUGAUAGGGACUUAAUGUAGAUCGCUAAAAGAACGGCGAGAUGUAACAAAACCUAGGCGAGUAGAAAAACUAGCUGGGCCAAGGCAUCUGGAAACUCUCUCCACGCGAUUUUGUUAUGCUCGUCUAUGCUAUGUUCAGACUAUACCGGUUUGCUUUUCAUGCCAACACAUAAAGCUAUCAAGGGUAGUGAGAACAUCUAUCUGUUACCCCACUUAAGCGAUCGGCACAGCGCAGCAUCACUCCUUUAGCAGAAAUCAUGCCGAAAUCACCGUUCGAUUAAUUGAGCCUAACAUGCUGCAAAAGCAUCAUUUUCUUAGUAGUUGAGAUCAAUCUCAAAUUCUCUGCCGCUGGGGUGCAUCCACAUUUUAUUCCAAUGACAGAAAAAAGCUUCCAAAAGCAACUACCAAAACACACAAAAAAGAAGCCCACUGUUUCAUUUCCUUCAUCUCUGUCCUGAGUUCUAAACUGAGCAUGAAAACCGCUGACAGAGUGGCUUGCCAUGACAUUGCCAUUGUUACUGUUGCUAAUGUGAGAAGGUCACUUAAGUUCAUUUUAAGCUUAUUUUAUUUUUCUAUUAUUUCCAAAUUAUUUUCAACUAUUUUCAUUAUCCUAAUGAUUAUUAAUUGGUUGUUUACCUAAAUAUCUUUAUUUCCUUGCACAUAUUAUUUUUACCAUGUGUAGUUGUAUUAUUCCCACACAUUUCUUGUAUUUAAAUCCUGUUGUGUAGGAGUAGUAAAGACCUAGUUUCCUUAGGUAAAUCGUGUGUUAGUGGGCAGUAAAUUCACUCCCUAGCCUUAUUUGGGUUUUAGUUAUUUUUGAUUUUCCUCCAAAUCUAUUAUAAAUUGCCAUCAUUACAGAACGAUUGUGGCGCUACAAUACAGCAAGAGGAUGACCAGGGGAGAAGGCAACCUUCCAACGAUGUGGUUGAAGUAAGCUAUUCAUCUUAAAGCUGUGACCGUUAACUGCUGCUUUUAUAAUUUAAUAUUCACUGUAUUUAUGUCUCGCAGCAAAUAUUCUCUCCCAACCAAUGAAUGUAAACUGAAGUUUACAUUCUUUUCUCUUUACCCUCCUAUCAGUUAACGUCAUUACAGAACGAUUGCGGAGGUACAAUAAAGCAAGAGCACGACGAUGGAAGAGUUCAACCUUCCAACGAUGUGGUUGAAGUAAGCUAUUCAUUCGUCUUAAAGCUGUGAUCGUUAACUGCUGCUUUUAUAGUUCAAUAUACACUUAUGUCAGAUUCCGAGGGAAACAGCUUUGUUUCCUGAGCGUCCUGAUUUAAAUGCACAUGCCUCUUGCAUUUAACCGGCUGUUUUAGACUGUUCCGCUUUACUGUGGUUACGUUGGUUUGGCAACAAAUCUUUUACUGUUUUUGUUAUGUGCAAACACUCGCCAAAAGCAUCAUUUUCUUACUCCUUGAGAUCAAUCUCAAAUUCCCUGCUGCUGGGGUUCAUCAACCUUUUAUUCCAAUGAAAGACAAAAUUUUCCUAAAGCAACUAACAAAACACGCAAACAGAGGCUCAUUGUUUCAUUUCCUUCAUCUCUGUCCUGAGUUCUAGAUGAGCAUGAUAACCGCUAACAGAUUGGCUUGCCAUGACAUUGCCAUUGUUACUGUUGCUAAGGACUAUGCCUAUGCUUAGAAUAACCAACACCUAACAUGUUUUAAAACGUCAUUUCCUUACUUGUUGAUAUCAAAUACAGAGGUACUGCUAACAGAGUAGUUUGCCGUGACAUUGUUCGUUGGAAUUGUGACUGAUGCUUUAAAAGUUUGUCACUUUCUUAAUCCCCGAGAUCAGUCUGAAUCACCUGCUGCUUAGUUCAUCAACAGUUUAUUCCAACAAGCUCCAAACUUUUUCAAAAGCAACGACCAUAGCAUGCAAAACUUGAGUGUUUUGCGUCGUUUGGCAACAGCAUGAUUCCUCUAUUACCUUUAAAAACUCAUUAUCAGGUGUUUACUGAAGAUUGUGUAAAAUAUGUCUGCAUUUGAUUUUUCUUUCAUCACAUAGGUAACCAUACAGCUAACCAAAUACAGUAUAAUAUACAAGUGGAUGUUCAGGUGUAAACUGAAUUUAAGAAGAUCCCUUUUUUCCAAAAUCUCUAUCGACAUUAUCAUACAAAGCACAGUAUUAAGUAUUGCUUUAGUGGAGUGAUAAUAGUUGCCCUUCUGUGAAUGUUUAAAAGUGCACUGACAGGAAAUGUAUUAUGCAAUUUAAAUGCACCUGUCUCUUGCACUUAAGGGGCUGUUUUAUACUGUUCUCUUUUACUAUGGUUAAGUUGGUUUGGCAACAAACCUCUAACUGUUUUUGUUACGUGCAGACAUUUUCCAAAAGCAUCAUUUUCUUACUCGUUGAGAUAACGAGGUAUAUUUUUUGUCAACUGAUACCACAUUUAGGCCUUAAAUUUUGAUCCCCGAUCCCGUGAAUUUUUUUGAUCCCUGGAUUCAAUCUGGGUUAAAUUAACUGAAAAAAGUGUUUCUCUUUUUGAUUUCUUUUACAAUUAGUCACAUCAUGUACUGACUGGAGAAUUAAGGUAGGUUCCAGUCUGUUCUUUUGAGUUAUCAUAAUUUCUAUGCAGGAAAUAUAUUUUUUUAAAAAUCGCCCAGCCAGCAAACAUUUGCCUGAAGGACAGAUAUUUUGAACCAUAAUGAAAAACGUGUCUGCUUAUAUCCUGUCUUUGCAGAUAGCCCAAUUAACAUAUGAAAAUCACAACUUAAAAGAGAGGCUCAGCUUGUUAACAACAAUGAGCAACUAACUGUUGAAAGAAUACGAGGAAUGUAGGAGACAAUAAUUAGAGAUUAUUAGAGAUGAGAGGUGAAAUGCCCUUUUGUAAUGGGGUAUUUUAUUUUAACUUCACUUAGUUUUAAUUGGAAGUUUUGUAACAUAAGAUAUGUAGUUUUUAUCUUAUGAAUAAUUUAACACUAUUAUAUUUAUUAUCACUAUUAUUAUUACUAUUAUUUCUAAAAUGACUGACAAGAGAUGAAAACAAACCCAUAAUGACUUACAUGUUGGUCCAAGAUUGUAAGAAAGCAACUAUCAAAAAAGAGAAGUUGGAGGAAUAUGAAUACAAAGUGUUUGUUGGGCUUCACUGUCAACUCCUGCCAAAACCCUAAAAACCCACAUUUUAAAGACAGAUACUUGUAUGCACAGGUGUCUUAUGGUUUGUCAACUGAAGAAGCUCUAUGGCUUGUGUCAAGGCAAAAUAUUCUCUCCGCAAAGAGAACACACAUUUAAGAGAAAGACUAAGAAGUCUGGAGAGUUUUGUAAAGGUGAGUGGUCAAUUGCAAUAACAAACAAUUUAGUGUUGUAAAACCUGCUUAUAAAUAAACAUUUUUUGAUAAAUUGUCACAUCCAGUGAAAUUUACAUGCAUCUUUCCCCAAUGUUAGCAUGUAUGCUCAGGUGUAUUGUGGUUUGUCAACUGAAGAAGUUCUAUGGCUUGUGUCAAGGCACAAUAUAACAGCAGCUAUGCAUCAUUUGGUCAUUUCAUCAUGAUAUUGAUAAAUGUGUAGUCUCCUUUAAUUAUCAUAAAUUUCAUUUUUAAUUUCAUCCAAUUUGUAAGGUAAAACGUAACAAAAUCAUAUAAAGUGUAAACUUGACCCUCAGUAAAACAUUGCUUGACAAGGGUCUGUUUAUAGAAACACAUGGAUAGAAUCAUCAACCGAAUCAAUUUUCCACUAUUCAAACCUCCGAUGCUUCAUUCAUCAACAAAUUAUUCAAACAAGCUCCAACUAUGGAGUUGCUCAACAUGGCAUACAAUUCUUAAUGUUAGGCGAAUUUAAGAUGAUGGACAAACCUUUCCAAUAGCAAUGACCAGAGCAUGUGUGGUUUGGCACCAUCACAAUUUCUCUAUUACCUUAAAAACCCUUCCUGUACCAGGAGAUGCUCACUCAAGAUUGUUUAUAUGAAUGUAUUCACUGAGAUCAAUCUCACAUCACCUGCUGCUGAGGUUCAUCAACAUAAUUUUAUUAUUCUAACAGUCUCUAAGCCUAAAGCAUCUUAAAAUUAUUGCAUACAGCCUUCCUGUUGGGCAAGUUAACGAUGACAGACAACUUUUUUCCAGAACCAGACACAAGGACAUUGAAAACGUUUUUUAAAGGCACCCAAUCAUCCAUAGGAUCAAUUUUCCCCAAAAUACUUUCCAGUUCUUAAAAUGUUUACUUUUUUUGGAUUAUUCUGACAUAAAAGAGUUUCUUAUACAUCUUCAAAAGAGAGUCAGAUGGGAUAGUAGUUCUCAAUUGUCAAGCAGCAUAAUUACGCAAUGCAAUGAACAAAUUUACCUUCCAUUGCCCAGAUGCUGGUUUGACUGUAACAAACACCCUAUAUUUUCAGGAUUCAUUCAGCACAUGUGAGCAAAAUACCUUGGUGGAAAACAAAAGUACCUUUCAAUGUGUACCUCUGACUGUGUACCAUCUACAGACAAAUAUCUCAUGAACUUACUAGGUCAGCGCCAUUUUCCCAGCAAUGCUGGGGUGGCCCAAUUCCUUUAGCAGGGGCACCUCUUGACUUGUAUAUGCAGAUGCUUGCUUGCAAUUCAAAGACAAGAAAAGAAAGUAAGAAAAACCAAGUAACUCCAAGCAGUUCGAGGCCGCAAGCAACGUAAUCCCUUGAAGGACAAUCAGAAUUUUCUCGCCCCAGUACUUUGAGUUAAAGUGAGCUCAGUUAACAAAGUUUCCAGGUCGAAAGAAACACGCUCCCGUCCCUGUUAGACCCAUUACACUAAAAGUAAGAGACCAAGAAACAAAAACCAAUUAUCUGACGAAGACCGAGAAGCUUUAUUUGCCAAGCUGCCUUUUCUUUGGGUUUCCACUCCCAAGAAUGAUGCCUCACUGAUAGUGUACCUAAACCCAAGUUCAAGCCAAGCUCCACUGACCAUCCAACGUUCAACUGCAUUAUCCACUCCUUAUCAAGGCCAAAUAACUGGGUAGCAAUGACUAAUCCACCCACCAUCUUUAGUCUUUGACUUGUCAAAAGACAGCACCAAAUUUAUGAUUUUGACAUAAAAGCUUGUCAUCUGAUACACAAGAUCCUAUUUGAUUGGCAAAAAUGAUGGCUGCAGAGAACAAGACAGCUCUUCUCAAGUUGGAUGCGAUGUUCCAUAAGAACAGGUAAAUUAAUUUCAUUUUUAAAAGAAAGUUGUUUUUUCUGUGAUUUUCAUUGAUUUGGUUUGGUUAACAAAAUAUCUGUUCGUUGAUUAGUUUUCAGGGAAGUCCUGCAGGUCUUAUGAGAGAGCAAUGAAGAAGCAAGGAGGAGGUUUUUUCGACGUAUUUUUGGCAUUUUAUGGGAAACUUUCAAUUUCAAUUUGAUUUUUCUUUCAGGUUUGAUGAAAAAAUAUCAUAGUUUCCAGUUUUCAGGAUACAUAUUAAAACUUAUGUGGGCUGAUCACCACACCACAUACCAUGUAUUUUUUCUGGGGAUGUUAAAUUCACUCUGUUAACCAACUUCCGCCACAAAGAUAUCAGGAAUGUGUAAUCAUAUUCUAACCCUUAUGCUAAAAGUGUACAAGAACUUCCUCUACGACUGUAAAAGUAUUUAUGACCUAAAGAUAACUUUUAACUGAUGCAAUAGAAGGGUUUCCUAGAAAAAGGGGGCUUGUGUUUGUUUACUUAGCAAAAAGUCACAAGCUCUCAUUUUCUAUUAAGAAAAUUCGUAAAAAAUUGCGUUACUUCUGAUUGCCUCCAAUUUUGGCCCACCAGAAGUUAAUAGGCUUAGCCAACUGUGUGGCAGUUUCAGCGCCACAGUCGGUUAUUAGCUUCAUGCAAUGAUCUUUUAAAAACUGAGAAAAAUGGAAGUCGAUGCGGUAAGGAUUUGCUGCAGCUUUUGCAAAGAAUGAAAGCUUGUAUCAACAAAUUUCGACCAAAUACAAGUCAAGCAAAUUAUUUUGAAGGAUUCUGGAGGAUAAGAAGCGAAAUAGACGCGAAAAUUGUAGUAGGAAAACAGUAAGAAUCUUUGUGUGCAAUACGCCAAGCCAGCUAUGUCUGCCAGACAAAUUCUUCACACACAAUGAAUUCCUGGCCGGUUGGCUUUUUUGCCUUCAAGGCCUUGCUUAUUUUGAUGAAUACUAUCAACAAAUUCAUGUUUGCUUGUUUUUAAUUUGAUAUUUCAAUGAAAAACUAAAAAUAAAGCGUCUUUUGGAAGUAAACAGUAAAUCAUGUCGUGUCAGCGAACAGUGUUCCAUAUUUUGGAAUUUCUUUACCUUAUUACUUGCAUGUUCCAUGAGAAUUCGAGGGAAGGCGACGUGUUGUGUUUGCACAACUUCCUCUGGUACCAACUCUUCUAAUGCAAAAAUGAUUACAUGUGUUCUGAGUAUAGAAAUGAAUUUAGCAGUAACUUGAUUAAGUCAGUUCUGUACAUCACAUAUGCUUUUUCACAACCAGUACAUCAUGGAGGAGGAGAACAUCACAGAAAACUUGCCCAUUUUCAAACAAGGACGUGCCUGUGACAUCUACCACAUGACAUAGUUAGAGAUACUUUCGAAUAUUUUGAAAUUAAUAAACAGAUUACCACUGACAAGGGAGACUUGGUUCUUCCAGAGUCAUCUGACCAUGAACAAGGAGGAAAUUACAGCUAAGAUACCAAGAGUUAAAUCAUUGACCAUUACUUUUUCAUAGACUCUGAACUAUCCCAUUAUAGUAACUUCAUAAGUGUAGAGGUCUGUAGCUUUACAAGAGUCACUUGCCAUCAUAAAAAAAGCCUGAGGCAAUUGACAUCAAGAAGGAAACGGGGCAUUAGCUGUCCAAGUAGGACAUAGCCACCGUCCAAUAUGACUCACUUCUCCUAUUACUGGAUGAAGUUGGCUAAGAAUCAUUGUGUCGGAGGCAGUGCUUCCUAUCAAUCUCAUAAAAGUCUGAGCGGUAUGCAAGAUGCAUUUUUUAUGGUUCACAAGUAUUACAUUCAAGCAAACCCCUUCUUCUGAAAACAAACUGGCCAUAAAAGUGAAGAAGACUAAACUCAUGCUUACCGGGAGUAAGACCAUGCUUUUGUUAUUUGAUGAUAUUGACUUACAAAUGAAUGGUACACAAGUUGAACAUGUGCAAUCAUGUAAAUAUCUUGCAGUAAUAAUGGAUAAAAAAUGGAGUUAGAAGCCAUAUAUUAGUAACUUGUUAAAGAAGCUAGGUCAUCACCCGUCUGUGUUUAACAGAAUCUUUUAUAAGCUUGAUAAUAAGACUCGUAUUGCGUAUUUUAACGGCUUAGUUUUACGCCAUUUAGACUAUGGUGACAUUGUAUGGGGAGAUCAGCCUAGUUUGAAAUCUGAUAUGGAUCAUUUACAAGCAUUUCAGAAUAAAAGAAUUCUGGAUAAUAAGAUCUCAUCAUCCAAAGCACUCAAUUCCCUACAAUGGAUCCCUCUGGCUGAACAACGUUUUGUUCACCAAUGGUCAGCGGUUCAAGAUGCAAUUAAAGGGGAAAUACCAGAGCACCUAGAGACUUUUAAAAUAACCUUAAGAGACUUGCGUGGACAUAACACAAGAAACAGUUACUUACCUAGAAUUCCAAACCCAAAAACAGAAUGUGGAAAAAGGACAACUCACUACAGGCACAUUAGUGACUGGUCAACUCUUCCGAAUUUUUUAAGGAAACCUAUUCAAUAGGUUUCCUUGCAAAAUACUUACAAAAGUACUUGCAAAAUUUUUAAACAUGACCUAAAAAAGUUUUUAAGAGCCAAAUAUUGUAGUUUGUAAAUUUUCAUUUUCUCCUUUUAGUCGUUCACCUUUGUUUUUUCAAUAGUUAAAUCUUUCAGUCUGAUUGCAUUUUUAUUACUUUUUGCCUUCUUUAGUCAUCUAGCCUUUUUAGCCUUUAAACUUUGUAACCACUAGUUUUUUAGAUUUGAUUGUUAUUAUUAGUUUUAAUAUUAUUUAAUAUUAGUCAGAGGACCUCCCUGAAAACCACUUUGUGUGAUGGGAGUUUCCUCUAUAAAGAUUAUUUUCUUCUUAUUAUUAUUAUUAUUGUUAUAUCUCUUUGGUGACACAAAGUUUACUCGUGUUGACCAAUUUGGCAAAUCAUGAAAAUCCUAAUGUUUUCGUAUAUAUAUUGAAAUGAAUUCAAACAAGAACUGCAUAUGUCGAAGAUAAUAAAAACUGUUGGUGAGCCUCAACAGAUCCUGAGAACGUGUGACAAGUGUUCAUUGGGUAUUCUUUUUACUAUCAUUUGCUGCAAAUUUAUAAUUCGUCAUUUUUCUUUCUUAUUAACUCUGUAAAGCGCUACAGUCGAACCUUCGGUAAGCGACCACCCAAAAUGCAAAGGCUUGGUGGUCGCUUAUAGGCGGUGGUCACUCACAAGAGUUGGACCGCAAAAUCAUUAGCUAUUCUAUGUGAUAGCUCGUUUAAUGGGAGUAAACUUUAUUGGAUAACGUGUGUUAUAAAUUUGUGGUUAAAAAAUGUUACUUGUGUAUAUGACGUCUUGUACAGAAAUGUCCCUAAGAUGUCUCAUGAACAAAAACUUAACUUCUUAAACUGAAACCUAGAAAUCUGAGUCUUUUUCUCAAGGGUAAUGGUUAACAUUGUAGUCAUAGAUUGAACUAAUAAACACACUAACAGAAAGAAUAAAUUCCUUUUUGUCAAGUUUUAUGAUGAAUUUCUCUGAUUAGUAAGACCAUGUGUCAAGUGGUGCUUACCGGAGAUUGAAAACAAUAGAAAAUUCUAAAUCUGUCAGCUGAAAUAGUGGUCGUGGUUGUUUACAGGAGGUGGUCGUUUACAAGAGGUUCCAGUAUAAGGCUUUGACUGAGAACAUUAAUUUUUCGGUGUUUUGGGAAGGUGGUCGCUUAUAGGAAGUGGUUGCCUAGGGGAGGUGGUCACACGUCUAGGUUUAACUGUUUUGAGUUUUUGGAAACAGCACUAUAUAAAUAAUGUCUAUUAUAAUUCUUCUUAUUAUUAUCAUUAUUAUUAUUAUUAUUAUUAUUAUUAUUAUAAGUAAUGAGUCAUCUGUCACCCCCCGUCAGCAACUUCUGCACAAUCUGCCAGAACUGACCUUGACAAGCAUCACCACUUACCUAUUUGUUUUCAGCCUCCUUCUUCAUCAAGAUGGCAGUGGUAAGACAAGGAUGAUGAUACGAAAGAGUGGCCAAUGUUUGGUUGUCUCUGUAAAAAGACAAAUGGACAAGAUAGUUUGUUUGUCUUUCAAAGACUUGUUCAGGACAAGUUUUUGCAAUAAGUGACAAAAUCAACCUCAGCUUUACUAGCCUCCACUAAAAAAAGGUGUUAACAAGGAUGUCAGUGCAAGCCACUUGUACAAGAGGCUCGUUGAAGUGUUCCUCUGCCAGUCAAAGUUAGAAGUUUUGAAACAUUGAGGACACUGGAACUGAGUUUGAAGUCCCACUUACACUACAGAAAAAACUGGGUCCGGAUUGAUCAAAAAGUGGUCAGGACCAAUUUUUUUUAACCGUUUAGACGGGUAACAAUCAGGUUAGGCUUAUGAUUGAAAAGCACAAUAGUACACAUGCGCAAAACCACCGUAAAGCAUGGCAGGCUCAAAUGAAGAAGAUUGUACGGAACAAAGAUGCAUUUACACAGUGCUUUCAAACAGCAAAAGGGGUCCGGACUCAUUUUUUUUUUUUCGGUUUUAAAUAUAGGCGGAUAUGAUUUUUCUAUUUGAAUGCUAUUUUAUGACUAUAAGGGCUGACUAAAAUCUCUUUCCAAAAAGCUAAGUAAAUUAUAUGUAUAGGCUACGUGGUAACUAUGUCUUUUCUCCAUUUAUUCCACAUUUAAAAUCUGCAUAGCUUCUAUAUAGAAAGUUCCAUUUAAGGUUUAACAGAAGACCUGUGAAAUCAAUUCUGCUAGUCAAAACGUUUUUGACUAGCUGAAAGGAUGUCUGGGCUAUUAAUGCUAGCUUCAGCUUGCCGGAAUGGCAAGCUGUAAAAAUGAUUUUCUUUACACCCUGUAACUACCAAAAACAUAGCAUUUCUGAUGUAAAAUAUAGUCCUGGCAUGGAAAAAACAUAGGAACUGGUAAAGGCAAUGUAUAAAUCAUUAACAUGAUUAGAACUUAGUCCUCUUUUAUGCCAUAUGUAUAAGAUCAAUCCUAGUUUAAUCAGCGCCUGUUUUCUUUUAUGCUCUGCCCAAGUAUUUAUAGUGUGAGCGGGUGCGGGUCCAAAAAAGGGCAUUAUCGAUCAUUUGCCCCAAUCUGUCUUAUGACGAGGCACUUAAUGAAGCUGGUAUUCCAACCAUUAUUUCAUAUUACGAGGACAUAUGUGACAAGGUUUUUACCAAUACCCUCAGCAACAAGGAUAACAAACUUAACAAGCUAUUAACUGAAGCCAAUAAGGCUCCAUAUUUACUAAGAAAUCACCGACACUUUGCACUUCCAAAGUGGAAGACGGACCGUUUUAAGAACACUUUCAUUUUGUCAUCGUGCCACCUGUUUCGGUGUGAAAUCAGUCUGCCAGUAGACUGGAACGGGUAGCGCAUGUGUAACAUUUGUGAUUUUGAAUCACACGUGUACUUUGUCAACAUGACGUGUACCCUCAAAUAACGAGAUAUGAAAUGACCCAGUCAUUAUGUAAACGCGAUACAAAAUCAAAAAUUCAUAUCCUGGUAUGAAACUCGUGCUGGUGCAAGUUUUCUCACCUAAACACCCCCUAAAAUUUUUCCAAAUGUGACUAACCAGUACUCUCAGUGGUAGAUAUCUGCAUGCACAGCAGUGGUCAAGCAUGCUUGACAGUUAUAAAAAUAUAUAUAUAUUCCCGACUUAAAAUCAGCCUUGCUUCUUUUGUUUAAUAUUUUCACUUAUUGCUGAUUAGAUCCUUCAUUACGAUCGGUCCUUCUUUUUUGUAAGCUGGUUCUUGCUUUAAAAAUUGAAUUUGAAAAGUAUCGCCGCUCGGCGUUUAGCCAUUGACCUCUGAGAGAAAGAAAACAUAGGAAAACAUUCUCGUUGACUACUCACAGACUGUGACAAUUAAGAAAAAAAGCAGCGGCAGCUUUGAAUGAUUUUCAAAUGAAGGUCGGAAAUCUAAUUGAGCUUAUAUUAAAAAAGAACCGGUCAGUGUAAAACACAGACUGCGGACUGCAGACUGCAGACUGCGGACCAGGGGUAAACUGCAGACUGAGUGUAAAAUGCAGACUGCAGACUGAGAGUAAAACGCAGACUGGGUGCAAAAUGCAGAAUAAAGACUGUAGACGUUUUUAAACAUUUGUGCUCCUUCUUCUCCAAAUCAGUGAAAAGGUUAGCCGGUAUCAGUUACACACAUCGCUUCCUAGUCGAAGUGCAAAUUGCACAUUCGCCUGAAGUUUCAAUGAACAUCCUUAAGUCUGUGUACCUUGAUUUGCAAUACUUUCAUAGAAGGUCAUCCAAAUUUCCUGCAGAACAUCUUUCUUUGUUGUUGGAAUGAUUUAAUUACUCCCUUUUUCAUCGCCAUAAUUCUUCCUGUACAGUAUUUUGGGUCAGCAGCUUUCAUUUAAGCGUAAACAUCGUGGUGUUGUACCAAUUCACGGUCCCUGGUCAAGUAUAUCGAAAACUUCGGCGUCUAAAGUUGAAGCGUGAGGUCUCUCGGACAGAAAAAAAAAGGUUCAAGAUUGCGAUUAUGUUUUUGGGUCGUCGACGACGUUCUAGAGAGGAAAGUCCUAAAUGGAUUUGUGAAAGCAGAUGUUGUCAAGUAGUGUUCGUUUACAUGUAUUUUAUGGAUGUUUUUGCCCUUAAACCCUUCCACGACUGCAGUUUAUGCUCGGUCUGCAUUUUACCCCAGCCUGCGUUUUACUCUCAGUCUGCAGUCUGCAUUUUACACUGAGUCUGCAUUUUACCCUGGUCCGCAGUCUGCAGUCCGCAGUCCGCAGUCUUGCUUUUACACUGACCGAAAAAGAACUGCAUGAUCACGCCGGUUUUUCAAUUCAAGUUAACUCGAAAAACUUUGAAUCGACAGAAAGGCUAGGUCAACACGUAAGUUAUAACGAUAAAACUUUCUCAGUAUUAGUUAAUAUACAGUACAGUAGCCCAUGAAAUGCUGCGAAAUGUGAGACAGACGUAAGAUAAAGAUUUAUAAGCUUAUGCUACUCCUGUCGACGGAGGAGCAGUUGUCCGUGUUACUGUUUGGCGUCUACUAAAAUUACACAAACUGCUAACGAAUCAGUCCGAAAACAUGUUUUCUAAUUGACUUACACAGAGACAAAGUUUUUUUAAAGUGCCAAGAACUAAAGCAUCAGAGCAAAUGAAGAAGAAGAAGAAGAAGAAGAAGAGGAGGAGCUACAAAAAAAACCACCUACCAUCUAUCGCCGACUUACUCUGAGUAACGAAAUACCAAAGCUACGUCACUGGUUAGCGGCAAGAAACGUGGGCUCACGAGAUCUGGAGCCCAUCAAAAGCACUUUGUCGGAUAAUUUUCUCUGUUUAGACUAAUUCUUUUUUAGAAUCCAACCAUUAAAUUCAACUCUUGAUAAGUUCUUUGUUUUCGCUCGAGAACUACCAUACGUGUGCAUAAACAUAUCUUCUACUACUUGAAACGGUUAUACUGAUGAAAAUCAAGAGAGCAGACUUUUUUCAACGAGACAACAUUCCUAUUUAGUAUUUUGGUAUCACGCACUCUGAAAACUGGGAAGUUCAAAUUGCUGUAUUUUCGAAAUGAAACGUGCUACGGGAAUGGAAACUUGUACAAAGAUUUACUUUUUGUUUAUCUUCAACCCAGUGUAAAUGAGAAUUCGUAAAACUUCGCUAUUUUGACUUUACAAUUUGAUGACGUCACUGUGAAAACCAUCUAUACAUGUUACAUGUGAUAAAGUACGAAGGACUUUAUUGCAGAUUCCUAGUUCCCAAUAUGAUAUCCCCUUCUAGAGUGAGACUUCUUCAAAAACAGAUCAGAUUACUCUGUUUCGUUAACAGGUUUCUGCGUUCAUGUUAUAUGAAUGCAGCGCAAGUUGCUUAUAAUAAAGUUUAAAUGAUCAUAUUUCAAGUUCCAAGGACUGACUUGAGUUUUGUGUAAAAUUCUGUUUUAGCAUAGUUCUACGUAUAGUUCUCCCCCACUAGCCAUCUUAAGUUUUUUUUCUCGAAUGGUAAAAAUAGUGUAGGGUGUAUGAAUAAUAAAACAUAAAGAGGUACAUUACCAAAUCCAUUAAUUUGUCGGCGCUUUUCUUCAUAUGUCUCAUAUCGGGAGGUGAAGUGGUUUCCAUAGCAGGGGAGAUUGAUAACUUGUUACUGUAUACAGAGAAUGAAUUAAAGUUUCAAUUACAAACAGUUGUGUUACGAUUGUUACAAGAUUUCCUCGAGUUCAUUAUCCACAAACGUGCGAAUCUAUGAAAAUAUCAUUUUAACGAAAAACUAUAUAAAAGCGCUUAAUUCAGUUAGCUUCAGUUGCUUUAUUUUGGAUAUCAUUUACAAAGUACGAGCACACAUUGUCGAACAUUUUACAACCGUUAUUUAUUCAUUUGAAAAAAAGUAUAGAAAAUAAAUAAACAUAGACUGAAUGAAAUGAAAUAAUCUGUUCUUUAAAUGCAGGGCUCCAGUGAAUGUAAUUUUACCGCAUGUGUAAGCGGUGAAGUGUAAUCAUUUCUGAAUCAGUAAUUUUUGAUUGACUCUUGACCAAUGGUACUCAGGUUAUCAUUGUUCCAUAGAUUUUCUUGUAGAAACUUGUUUAUGAAAAAAAAAAGACUUACCGAGUCAGCUUACUCUUGGUUAGACUAAUCCUACAAGAAACUUUCUUGACAAAUAAACAAAGGUUUCAGCAACGCAUUGCAGUGACUUUGUGAAGCAAGUUUCUCCCCUUUACCUUUUCCGUGUAAGACCGUUUGCUCAAUUCUUCAGUUCUUCUUUAACGGGUUUUGCGGUUUUAUAGUCGAAACGCAGCAAAUUUGGUAAAUAUUAGUAGACAAGACAAACUGAAAGUAGUUUCGCUGAAUGGUAAACUGAAAGUGGUUCGAUUAAAACGGUAACACAUUUUUGGUUGUCGAGCGCGAAAGCCAUGAUGUCAAAUCUUAUUGGUAGUUCACUGCUAAUCAAUUGGUUAACUUGAGACAAUGGCGUGGACUAAUUAACAAGCAAGGGGCAACAAUCAAGAGAUGACAAACAUUCUGGCGUGUCGAAUCAGUAAUCUUGAAAAUCAUUGAUUAUGAUAAUCAAAAGCAUGGACUACAAAAAAAUGCUCAAAGCCACAAACACCUCCUUUUUAAAGCAGGAAUAUUUUACUAUUUUUAAAAUAAGCUACCUCAGAUUUGCUAAGCUCCUUUUUUUAUUGCCUGCGUGCAGACGUCUCAACAAAGGAAAUAGGAGACGUCUGCACGCAGGCAACUUUUUUUUAUGGGUUAAAAACCUUGCACUUAGUUGUUUAUUUUUUCCUUUACGCUACUUCAUACAUGACGAACUUUGUUGUGAGCAUUGUUUAGGUUUUCACAGAGCAGGUGGAAGGGACGUUUUCACGUGGAAAUUGAUUCUAAUUAAUUCAGUAAUAAUCCAACUACACAAAUAGCUUUUCAAACUCUUUGUGUGAGUAGUUUCACAUGUUGAAGUCUUCGAGCACUCGUCAGGUGAUUUGUGCCGGAGUGCUGACAAUGCGCCAAAGCUUCAGUUCAAGGAGCAACAUAUGUGACAGUUUUACUCCUGUUACUUUUUAAUUUCGAACAUAUGGUUGGAGACAGAAUUUCACACCGAGAAAUGAAGGUAUGAGCUGCACGAAUUUGUAGUGGUUAAAAUCAGAAGCAUAUAACAUGCUUCUGUUAAAAUUUAUAGCGUGGGUUGACCCUCAUAGCCAAUUUUGCUACAAAGCUACAAAAACAUUGCCGUGUUUCAAAAACGAAAAAGAAAUUGUUCAUUUGCCGCUAAAAAAGAACAAACUAUGUCCCUGUAGUAAAUGUUCAAAGUAUAAUGCUGUAAUUUAGUUGUGCUGGCAUUUUCAUGCGAUAUAAGGAUAUUAAAGAAUGUUUUUUGGGGGGAAUCGGGAGUACUGGUUUGCUAAUGAAUUCAGAGCUGUAGUGGACCCAGUGGUUUAAAGGCCGAUUAACGCUUAACCCAGGGUUAAAUUUAACCCGGGUUUCUUUUCCUUUUGUUCAAAAGCAUUUUCUCGGAUAAUUUCUUCUGUUAUUCUUUAGACUGCAAAACAGUCGGGUUUUUUUCUCAAAAUCAGUAAAAAAAAAGGUAAAGUGUGGCGUAAGAGUCUUGCGUGCGAGCCUCACACGCCGUGUGAGGCGAUAGAGACGUACUCUUAGUGUCUCUCCUUAGUCUCGCUCACUGUUUUCAACCUCGUUCCCGAUCUUUUGUUUGACUGCUCGCGGCGUGCUGAAUACGCAAAAAUACGGAUUGUUUUACAGUGUAGUUAUUCUUAAGAGCAUCUUAUCAUCAACUUAUUGAAAAAAAAACAAUUAAACUAAAUUUACUUUUCAAGCUUUCAUAUCUGAAUUCAAAUUUCGCUCUUAACCUGGGUUAUUUUAACAGUUUAUUUGUAGUUAUACACACUGGUGUGAGGGGUCAGGGUUGAAAUAAUGAUGUCAUUCCACUUCUUAUUUCGAAGGAUUAAGGAGCUUUUAAACAUGACUUGGUUCGGAACUCGCACCACUGUACCUUUAUCUAACAAUAUUUGAUGAUUCACUGUAUCAAAUGCUUUUGACAAAUCUAAGAAGAGGCUACAAGAUAAAAGGUUACUGUCAAUAGAGGCCUUCAGAUUAUCAGUGAUCUCCAUAAUCGCUUGCUUAGUAGAAUUGGAAAAUGGUACUUGAAUAAUUAAAGCAUUUUAGAACAAAUUUUACCUGCCAGUCUGCAAGUCUGCAUUUUUGCACUCGAAAUUGAUCCUCGAGAAAAAUUCUGAACUGUUUACACUUUGGUUGGUGGUUCACAAAAGUCUUUUGUAACUUUUAUUUUUAGUCUGAUAACAGGGAACACUUUGUUAACACAAUAAAAGACACGAUGAGUACAGAGGAACAAUAUUAUAUGAUGGACAAAAUUCAGAUGAUAACUUCUGAAGAACCAGUUACUGUGGUUCAAUUCCCCACAUCAGAGGAAUUAAAAUGUUAUACCACAAUGUAAGUAAAUACCAGCUGCUUAUUUUUUUUAACUAGCUUUAGAAAUCUUUUCAAAGUGCCCUGGUUUCUGUAGUUACACUCAGUUAAUCCUACUAAAAUAAUGUCGACUUACUGGUACAGGUAAGUGCAAGCUGCUUCGUCUUUAGUGACAGGAUCUUAGGACUUGCUUGAUGUUGUCGAAAUCAUGCAUCAACUUGAAUUUAAGUAGCUCAGGAACACGACUAAACUUAUAUUCUCUGUGUAAAUCAUAUUGUUGUAAAUUAGCUUAAUACAUACUAUAGUUUUUAUUUUGCGACAGCUGGUAUUUUUGUAAAAUAUUUCUUUUUCUUUCCUUUCUUUAAAUUUGUGUGUCUCUUCCCCGCCUCGAUUAGGCUCUCCUAUACACGGGUGGAAGCUAUCGUGAAUAUGUAUAUUGAAAUUGAAUGAAUAAAGUUGAAGUUGAAGUUGUUCAUGUUGCCUUCUUACAUUUGAUCGCACACGAUGAAAACAAUAUGUUAACUCACGAUUUUCUCAUCCGUUUUAGAUAAGUUGAACUACAGACAAGUUAGAUUUUAUGCACAUGUGUUUUCUUCUUUUCAGAGAACUGGUGGACUUUAAAAACAAAAUGGUUUUUUGGUUAAAGACCAUUACAGAAGACAAAGACCACUAGUUAGGAGUAAGUAUAUUAUAUAGUGAACCAAAGUUGUUCGCAUUUCAAAAAUAUCAGCACAUACAUCUGGAUGAUUAUAGGGGUCUGUGCAAAUAUUGUCUCUCUCUAAGACGGACGGUUAAACUGUCUCCGUCACAGAGAGGUGUCUGUCUUGUAGGGAGUCAACUUUCAGUAAAAUGACUGAAAAAUGGCAUGAAAGGGACAAACAUUCGUUGUCCUUCUAAUAAUAAGGAUGUUUGGACUGUACUGACAAGUCUACUCUAAAGUUACACUUUAAAAAAAGUACAUGUCUGAGUUAUCUUUUUGUUUUCCUUUUGUUAUUCUUUUUUAAACUGUUGUUUUGGGUGGCUUAAAACUUUGAUUUUUGUCUGCCACUUAGAAAAUUAAUCUAAACACUAACUUUUCAAUGUUCCAUGACAUUAUUGAGAUGAACAAUAGACGGGUAAAUGUUUGACAAACACGAAAAAUGUUGCAUAAAAGAUGGUGUUGUGAGAUUUACGUAAGCGGAAUAAUACGUUCAUAUGGACUACAAUAAAAAUUACAGUUUUAAUCAAGCAGGAAUUUUUAUUGGGUGGCGGUGUGUCAGAAUGCCAAGCUAUCAUUAGCCUGCGAUCGUGAUUGCUGAUCGCAGAUUAGGCUGUCAUCACUGUCUGGGAACCCAUUCUACCAUGCAGGCAGGUUCUGGCCGAGGAGCGACUGGGCACAAGUAGAACAAAAUGGCAGCAAGUGUAAUACCUGGUUCCUUGACCUCCAUAAUUUUAAUCUUUAGCCAAACUGGACAUGAAUGCAAGCCUUAAAGAACUGUGCGUGGAUAUACAAUUGAAAAGGAAGACCGAACUAUUGGAGAAAAUUUCAAACUUUACGAUUUUAGGUAAUCAGACUUUCGAGUCUGGCUUGACUCCUCCGUCGAUCAACGUCGGCAGGUAUCUUGCACUUCAGUUUCCAAACUGCAGGACUUCGAACAGAGGCAGUAUGUGGGUGUCAUUUAUAUAUGAAGUUAAUUUAGUAGUCAGUGAUUUUGUAUGAAGUCCCUAGAUCUGUCUUUGUCCUUUACUCACCUUUAUUUUUUUUCUAUACUGACUAUACUUGAAAUGAAACCUGUUGUCUUCUGGUGUUAUUCCCAACGCACACAUAGCGAACUUUUGACCGUAAAAAUUGUAUGUGGCAUUUAACUUUACACAGUUUUCUUCGCAUAUUCGCUUUGUAUAAUGGCAAUAAAAAAAGAUAAGUGUUAUUUCAACUUUAUAAACAACGCCGCAAUUUCAAUAUUCAACGAUAAUUUUACCACAAAAUCCUUACUGUCACACGUAGUCCCAAAAGGCUAAUUUUUUAAUUAUGUCUACUACUAAAAUACAAAACGCCUGGACUUAAUUAUACAAUUACGGGAAUAACAAGUCAUUACUAUAUCUAACAUGAUGAUUUGAUCGGGAAAUGGUCAAUACAUUAGUAGAAACUUUGGUGUGAAAUUGGGUAAAAAAUUUAACCCUUUUUGAAUAAUACCUGUCGUGGAUCUUUUCGAUCGCAAUAUCUUCUACAAGUUAAGGAAUUUUGCAACAAUAUUGCACACAUGGUUUUAUCACCCUCAUUUACCACAUUCACAUACAACCACAUUACCCAUUACCCAUACGCCAUUGCAUCCCACGGAAACGACUUGAGGCGUCUUGUUAAUCAUGGUCAUGGUUUUUUCUUUGGUUUACAGAUAGACAAAUACGACAUUUGGGGAGGAAAGCAAACUGUUUUGAGGAGAAUAAUGAAUUAUUACGAAUGGAGAUGAGCCAUAAAGAAAAGGAAAACCUAAGGUAACUAUUCUAUUGGUCAAAUUUUUCUAAAUUUGGACAACUUUAUCACUUUUGAAAAACCCGCAAAUGCCAAAAGAAAAAUAACCAUUUCUCUAUUCAAGGAGGUUAUCCAAAUUCGAAGCUUUCAUAAGCUUUCUUAACAUAUCAGGUGAAACAGGGUUUUGUUUGU